AUGACGUCGGCUGUGAAUUGGAAGGCUGUUAGAGCCGGUGUUGUCUCUAAACGAUUCGCACUUUUGGGAAAAUAUCCUCCUUGUCCAUGGUAUCGUCCGCUGAAAGAAGAGUUUGUUGCCUUGCAAAACGUUUUGCCGGAAGAGCAAGAGCACUUUAUGAAUGACGAAGUGCGGAUGUUUCUAGCGGGAUACGAAACAGAAAACAUUCGGUUCUCCUACAAUGCUGACUCCGAUUCUCCUGUGGGUCUGAAAGUCAAUCCAUCGUUAGAUCCGUUCAUGAGGUCCGCUAUUGAAAGGUUUAAAAACAUCUUUAUCAGUGUCUGGAAUAUACGCGUCUACGGUUAUGUUCUGAAGCACGAUUUUUCGUUCUCACUUACGGCACGAGCUGUUGCUUACGAUAUUGUAACACGCUUUGAUAAACUCCUUCGUCCUAUUAUUGAAGAACGCUGUUAUGAUCUUGCUGAUUUUGGUCUAAACACUCUUAGUCGCACUGUUGCGAGUGUGCAGUCUUCCAUAAGAAUCUAUGCAAAUGUCAUAACAUCGAUUAAAAAGGAUUCUCUUGUUGGAGGUCAAGUUUUAACCAUGUUGUACAAUUUACGAGAGAAUGCCAUUGUGACAAAGGACAUGCAUGAUCUGCAGGAAAUUUUCAUGGUUGCUUGGAAAGUGUUUGCAGUAAGAGUGGGAGCUUGGGUAGAACAAGGACUACUAAACGAUUCAGAGUUGGAGUUCAUUAUUUGGCCUACUUCGGCGUUAUCACCAGCGGUGUGCUCAAAGAUCGUCUCAAAUUCUUCAAUAAGACUUGAUUCCAAUGAUUAUAUUUUGAUUGAAGACCUUUGUCCUUCAUUCCUGCUCAGUCUUCUUCCAUCGAUAGUCAAAUGUGGUUAUUACAACAAUAUGAUCAGCAAGGCUAAUAUGGGUCAAGAAAAGACAUCAACAGCUUGGUCGGAGCUUAAUGUAACGCAGUUGCAACGUAAAGUUCAUGAAUUUGAAAAGAGCAAGUCAUCCGUGGUGCUAAAACACUUACGUGCCAGUAUGUCGUUCGACACUGCAAUACGAGAUGUCAUGAUGUUACUUCUUGAAGGGAGGGAGAUCGACAUCUUACUAAAGCAUUGUCAGAAAGAAUCAAUUCUAGAACGACCGGUGGAAGAAGUCUCGAAGCAACAAUUACGGAGAGUCUCAGAGAUGUUCAUAAGAGGACUAUCUAGCAAAAUCCCAUUUGUGUCCAAUUUCAAACUUUCGCUAUCUAAUGGUUAUAUAUUUGAAGAACUGCGUACGUCAUCUCUUGUAAACGAUGCUCCACGUGAACCACUUAAGCCAUUAGAUAAAAUGUUACUUCUCGACGUCUUAUGCAUGGCAUAUACACCUCCAACAAAGAUGGAAAAACUAAUACCUCUCUAUAUUAUUCAGAUGUACACCUUCGUAUUUCGACUUUAUAUGCAACUUCGUGCUUCUAUAACAUGUCUAUCGGAAGGGUUGUUUGAAUUGGGCCUCACGAGAAACCCAUCCAGCUUUCCUCGUGCUGCCAUUUUGUCCGCUCUUUAUCGAAAUGUUGUUGAUCUAACAGUUGACUUUGCGGAUGCAGUUGCUCUUGCUACGUCAAAUUUUGUUAAUGAGAUGGCCGAGGCUGAGAGUAUCGAUGCGGUGCUGAAGCUACAAAAGGAUGUCGUUUUCCAGAUUUUUGCCGAGAGCGGUCUGAAUCAAUGGAGGAAAUUGGCUUAUAUGAUGCGUUUAGUAAAUCUGGUAUCUAGAUUGGGUGUAUCUGGCCUCUUAAAUUCUACAACACUUACUGAGGAUUAUUAUGUCAUACUAGAAGAUGUGGAGUCAAUGGAGCUUACCGAAUGA